ACACAUAGUUAUCAGAGAAGACAGGUUAAAACAUUGCGCGUAUGACAUCAACUAUGUCAUCAACAGCUGGUAUGUGCAGUUAACGCUAAAAGUAAACAUUUCUACACAAGUAAAUUAGAAUUUAAUCAAAAUGGAUAUAACGAUAGUAUUUCGUGCGUGCAUCAAAACGGUACGCACGAUGAACAAAACAAUUGAGGGCAAGGAGAAGGAAAGUAAAUCAACAUUACUACAAAACAGUAGGGAUCCCAAUUUGAAGAGUCCCAAAGAGAUCAUCAAACAAAUAUGCCAAUUGCAGAAGUUUUUCGCAGACAAUAAAAUUGCUUACCUGAAUGUAGUGAAUUAUCUAUCAACCAAGAAGACAAUGACGGAAAUGGAUAGAAUGGAAAUUGAUACUGAAGCAGAAAAGAUAAUAAGCUUAUGUACAACAAUGAUUCAUGAGUACAGGAGCACAAUUGGUAAGCAGAAACUCACACCUCAAGCUUAUGAACACUAUGAUAAUGUUAUAAAGUCAGUGGAGAAAUAUUUGAAAAAUGUUUCCAAAGUUUACACUGAAACGAAAGCAAUUAGGGUGAAAAAAGUGAUUGAAAUGCACAAGAUCUCCAAACUGGAGACAACCAAUAAAAAUGCAGUUGAAAGGGAAUCACCAAAGUUACAAAUGCCAAACACACCUGCCCAGGAACACAGCAAAGAGAUUGUCAGUGAUUUGUCAGCAGAAGAAAUGCAAAUGUUUGAAACAGAGAAUGAUAUGCUCUACAAUGAGCUGAAUAGUUUAUCCAGAGAGGUCAAGGAAAUGGAGAGCAAAGUAGUACACAUUGCAGAACUUCAAGAUCAAUUCACACACAAUGUUCUCGAGCAGGAGAAGAAUAUUGAUAGGAUUGCAAAUAUAGUGCAAGCAACGACUGACGAUAUGCGCGAUGCCAAUGAACAAAUUCGGCAGGCGAUACAACGAAAUGCCGGCCUACGCGUUUGGGUGCUAUUUUUCUUGCUGGUGAUGUCGUUUUCGUUAAUAUUUUUGGACUGGUACAAUGAUUAAUAUACAUAUUUGGGUUUUGUAAAUAGAUAAUCAUGUUUUUCAAUUUGAACUUUGAUUAUUUACGCGGCAACAAGUUCAAGAUGUACUUUGACUUGUAAAAUAAAUUUAUUUUAACAAAA